AUGGCAUCAGAGCUGGCAAUGAGCAACUCCGACCUGCCCACCAGUCCCCUGGCCAUGGAAUAUGUUAAUGACUUCGAUCUGAUGAAGUUUGAAGUGAAAAAGGAGCCGGUGGAGCCCGAUCGCAGCAUCAGCCAGUGCAGCCGCCUGGUCGCCGGGGGAUCCCUGUCUUCCACCCCGAUGAGCACGCCUUGCAGCUCGGUUCCCCCCUCACCAAGCUUCUCGGCGCCCAGUCCGGGAUCAGGGAGCGAACAGAAGGCGCACUUGGAGGAUUUCUACUGGAUGACCGGGUACCAACAGCAGUUGAACCCCGAGGCUCUGGGCUUUAGCCCGGAGGACGCCGUAGAGGCGCUGAUCAGCAGCAGUCACCAGCUCCAGACCUUCGAUGGCUAUGCCAGGGGGCAGCAGUUCGGCGGCGCAGCCGGGCCAGGAGGCGCCAUGGCCGGAGAGGAGAUGGGAUCAGCGGCCGCCGUGGUGUCCGCGGUUAUCGCUGCAGCCGCCGCUCAGAACGGGGCACCCCACCACCACCACCAUCACCACCACCACCACCACGCAGGGGCACACCACCCCUCCUCCGGGUCUCAGUCCGGCGGCGGCGCAGGGGGAAACCACCAGCACCUGCGCCUGGAGGAUCGCUUCUCGGACGAGCAGCUGGUAACCAUGUCGGUUCGGGAACUGAACCGGCAGCUCCGGGGGGUCAGCAAGGAAGAGGUGAUCCGCCUGAAACAGAAGAGGAGGACACUAAAGAACAGAGGCUAUGCCCAGUCCUGCCGCUACAAGCGGGUCCAGCAGCGGCACGUCCUGGAGGGGGAGAAGACGCAACUCAUGCAGCAGGUGGACCACCUCAAGCAGGAGAUCUCCCGGCUGGCCAGGGAGAGAGACGCCUACAAGGAGAAAUACGAGAAGCUCAUCAGCACUGGCUUCCGAGAAAACGGAGGCUCCGGCAGCGACAACAACCCCUCAUCCCCGGAGUUUUUCAUGACAUCAAGAAAGUUCCUCCACCUGUGAUAAAGAGCUCUGACGUCUCCGUCCCACAACCCGGGAGUCUGAGAUAUCAUAAGACUGGACUGCUGAUGUUCCAAGAGCAACCUACGGCACUCAGACUGCCAUAAAGCACAAUGUCCAAACAGCGGCUUCAGGGCAACCAAACCACCGCAACACCGAAGCCAGAG